AUGGCUGUAGAAUAUAAGAUUGUCUGGCUGAGUAAUGACAUGAGAAUGUCCGGAGCUGCAGAAGUAGCAGGAGCGAGAAACAUAGUCAUCAACAACAGAAAAAUGCCCAAAUUCUACCAGUGUCCGAGCUGUACCUUCGCUAGCUCAAAUCGUUCCCAUUUUGCGGAUCAUUUUCGCACUCAUACUGGUGAAAAGCCUUUUUCCUGUUCUUACUGCUCUUAUCAAACUGGUGAUAGAUCUAAUCUUAAAAGACAUGUGUGGCGAGAUACUGACACUCAAAUGCUUGAUGGGGGAGGCGUCGCCUGGAACCUCAACUGCAGGCAAGCACGGAAGGUUCACAACUGCACCCUCUGUUCAUACAGAACACCAAGUCGUUCCGAUAUCGAUAAACAUAUCCGGACCCACACCGGGGAAAAGCCCUUCUCUUGUCCCCAUUGUUUGUAUCAGACUGCCAACAAGUCCAAUCUUAAGAGGCACAUGCGCACUCAUACGCCUCCCACUGAACCCGUCAAAACAUUCCCAACAGGUGUGGCUGGACAAUACCAGUCCUUCCCUGGGCGGAAUGGAAGGCAGCGGCAUGGCUCGGACGGGGCUCGCUUCGCCUACCCCAAGAAAGGGCCCAAAGUGCACCAGUGCCCGAGGUGCCCCUUCGCCAGCCCGAACCGCUCUCACUUCGGCGAUCAUUACCGAUCUCACACGGGGAAAAGCCCUUCGCCUGCUCUGAGUGUCCCUACCCUCGGGGGACAAAUCCAACUUCAAGAAACACCUGCGGAUACACACCGGAGACAAGCCUUUCAAGUGUCCGCUAAUAUUCAGAGUUAUGAUAUGUAUAACUUCAAUUAUUUGGCCAUCAAGUGUACUUCAAAACUACCUUUUAGGUUUUGCAAAUAUGAGAUUGUAUCACUUCUUAAAGAAAAUGUACGCACGGGGACUGUGGGGCCGAGAACCACAGCCUACCUUGGGGAGGACCUCCUGCUGCGCCGACCGGCAACACCAGGCUACACUGCUGUCCGUACUGCCUUAUGCCACGAAAUAUACCACCAACCUAAAGAACCACAUCCACGGGCAUACGAGAGAGAAACCAUACGCAUGUCCACACUGCCCUUACAGGUGUAUUCAGAAAGGGAGGUUGAAGAUUCACAUAACGACGCACACGGAGAAAAGCAGUUUUGUUGUCCUCACUGCCAGUACCAGACAGCCAAUAGCAGUAAUCUGAAGAGGCACAUCCUGACCCAUAGCUUCAGGAACGCGAUGCCUUAG